AUGAAGAAAACACUUACAAGAUAUUUGGUAGAAAUUCCAACACAUGAAUAUUAAGAUAAGAAGGUCUAUUAUGUAAUCAAAGUAACAAAUUUGGAAACAAAUGAUUAUAAAGAAGUUAAAAAACGUUAUUCAGAAUUAGAAUCUAUUCACUAUAAAAUUUUAGAUUGGAUCAACAUUUUCAAAAUAAAAAUCCCUUAGUUAUAAUUUCCAAAAAAAAAAAUUCUGUUUAGCACUAAUCUAUCAGAAGAGAGUAUUAUUAAGCGAGUAUUUUAAUUUAUUAUGUUAGAGGACUGAAUUAUAAUAAUAUUUUAAUGAUGUCUUUUAACAUCCUGAAUUACAAAGUUUAGGAUCCAUUGAAGAAUUUAUACCUGUUACUAAAAACAGAAAACCUGUUGAUCAGAAUUAAAUAAUACAAAAUUCUAAUAAUUAAUGGUCAGAAAUUGAAGCAUUAAAGAAAUCUUACUUAGCUAAACAUGAAAAUUAGGUUUUUUCAUUACCUUUACAAAAACCACAAUAAUAAAUUAAGUAUAUUUGAUUUAUUUAUUCAAUUUUAGAUAACAAUAUACAUUUAAAUUUGGAGAACAUGCUUUUUAAGAUAAUUCAGCAAUUUAUACCAUAGAAAUUACUGAUCAUUAUGCUAAUAAGAGUUGGAAAUUUAAUUAAAGAUAUCAAGAUUUAAAGGAAAAUCAUAGAUAAUUAAAAAAAAUUAAGAUUCCUUUUGAAAUACCAGAAUUUCCUCAAAAAAAAGUGAUAAAUUCUAUGGAUAAUAGUGAUUUAAAAGAUAGAAAAACAUAAUUAGAAGUUUAUCUCAACUCUAUAUUUAAGUAUAUUUUUUUAAUCUAAUUAUUUAGAUAUCAUGAAUUAGUUUCCAGUAAUCUUAUGGUCUUUUUUAUUGCCAAAAGUCAAUUAGAUGGAAAUGAAAUAGGAUGUAGAUCUAAAGGUCCUUCAUAAACAACCUUAGAAAAUUCAAGUAUAAAAAGCCAAACAAAUAUCUUGGAUUAAAAUGAUGACUUUGAUCCCAAACAACCGAGAAAAAUUACCUGUUGAU